AUGAAUUUGGCUGAUCGUGAUGGUUUUAUUUGGCAAGAUGGACAAAUGGUUGAUUGGCGUGAAGCUAAAAUUCACGUCUUAACUCAUACAUUACAUUAUAGUAUGGGUGUUUUUGAGGGUGUCCGUGCUUAUGAAACACCUAACGGUACUGCGAUUUUCCGUCUCCAAGACCAUACAAAACUUCCAUUUGAUCAAGCAACUCUUGAACAAGCUCAAAUUGAUGUUGUCCGUGAAAAUAAAUUGGCGUCAUGCUAUUUACGCCCAAUUAUUUUCAUUGGUUCGGAAAAAUUAGGUAUCGCUGCAACUGAUAAUACCAUUCAUGCGACAGUUGCUGCAUGGAGCUGGGGUGCUUACCUUGGCGAUGAAGCAAUGGCAAAAGGUAUUCGUGUUAAAACUUCAUCAUUUACGCACCAUCACCCUAACGUGACUAUGUGUAAAGCCAAGGCUUCAGGUAACUAUACCUUGUCUAUUCUUGCACACCAAGAAGUGGCGCAUUCUGGUUAUGAUGAAGCAAUGCUUAUGGACCCUCAAGGUUAUGUAUGCCAAGGUUCAGGUGAAAAUGUAUUCUUAGUCAAAGACGGUGUAUUACAUACACCAGAUAUUGCUGGCGGUGCAUUGGAUGGGAUUACGCGUCAAACGAUUAUCACCAUUGCGAAAGAUAUGGGUAUUGAAGUUGUUGAACGUCGUAUUACCCGUGAUGAAUUCUAUAUUGGUGAUGAAGCAUUCUUUACUGGGACUGCUGCUGAAGUGACGCCGAUCCGUGAAUAUGAUGAUCGUGAAAUUGGUUCAGGUGCACGUGGUCCGAUUACUGAGAAGAUUCAGAAAGCAUUCUUUGAUGCUGUUCAAGGUAAAGAUCCAAAAUAUGCACAUUGGCUGACUUAUGUAAAAUAA